GUGCAGCAUUCGCUCGAGCGCGUCCCCGGCGCAGCAUCAGUUCAGCGCAGCACCUUGAAGGAGACGCAACACAAAAUGGCUUUGCGAAUUUAACACCUGACCGAAAAGAAACGCUGACUGCAGGAAUACAGGAAUCUCGGUCUUCUUCUUUUUUCUGAAGUAGUCAAGACCAAACAUAAGAAACAAGCCUGGAAAUCAACGGCGGACAGUGGGGGGAAUUUGGGGACAGUCAUGGCGGGGGUGGGAGCCAGGGGGAGGAAGACGGGACUCCCGGGGUUCUGCUGGAAAACAUGCUAUUUCCACAUCCUCUUCUGGGUCGUGUCUGUUUGUGGAGAGGAGAGGACCUUCAUUGUUGAGACAUGGCUGAAGAACUAUGGCUACCUGCUCCCUCAUGACAUCCGCACAUCAGACCUGCGAUCGGAGAAAGCCAUGCAGUCGGCGGUCGCUGCCAUGCAGCGGUUUUACGGUAUUCCAGUGACAGGAAUCCUCGACCAAACAACCAUCGAGUGGAUGAGAAAACCUCGGUGUGGAGUUCCAGAUCACCCUCACAUCAGUCGGCGGAGGCGAAAUAAACGAUACGCUCUCACCGGUCAGAAGUGGAGAGACAAAAAGAUCACAUACAGCAUCCAUAACUUCACGCCGAAAGUUGGUGAGAAGGACACGCAGAGGGCCAUCCGGCAGGCGUUCGACGUGUGGCAGACGGUGACGCCGCUCAGCUUUCAGGAAGUGGCCUAUUCGGAGAUCAAGAACGAGGGCAAAGAGGCCGACAUCAUGAUCUUCUUUGCCUCGGGUUUUCACGGCGACAGCUCUCCGUUUGAUGGAGAGGGAGGGUUUUUAGCGCAUGCUUAUUUUCCCGGGCCGGGUAUCGGUGGAGACACACACUUUGACUCCGAUGAGCCCUGGACGCUUGGGAAUGCCAAUCAUGACGGCAAUGACCUGUUCCUGGUGGCUGUUCAUGAACUGGGACAUGCAUUGGGUCUGGAGCAUUCGAGUGACCCCAGUGCAAUCAUGGCCCCCUUCUACCAAUACAUGGAGACACACAACUUCAAACUGCCUCUAGACGACCUUCAGGGGAUCCAGAAAAUAUACGGUAUACCGACAGCCAUGCUGGAGCCCACGCGUCCUCUUCCUACAUUCCCCGCACGCCGCCCACACUCCACCUCCGAGCGCAAACACGAGCGUCAGUCUCGGCCCGGGCGCCCGUCUGCUGGAGAUCGGCCAUCCUCUCCGGGACAUGGAAAACCCAACAUCUGCGAUGGCAACUUCAACACUGUGGCCUUCUUUCGGCGGGAGAUGUUUGUUUUUAAGGAUCGCUGGUUCUGGCGUUUGCGCAACAACAAAGUUCAAGAAGGUUAUCCUAUGUUGAUAGACCACUUCUGGAAGGGUCUACCUCAUCGCAUCGACGCUGCUUACGAGAGAUCAGAUGGAAAAUUUGUGUUCUUCAAAGGGGACAAAUAUUGGAUCUUCAAGGAGGUUACGGCGGAGCCUGGUUACCCGCACAGCCUGGUGGAGUUGGGCAGCUAUUUGCCUAGCGAUGGCAUCGACACAGCCUUACGCUGGGAAUCCGUGGGCAAAACUUACUUCUUCAAGGGUGACCAGUACUGGCGAUACAAUGAGGAGAAGCGCACCACUGACCCGGGCUAUCCCAAACCCAUUGGCAUCUGGAAGGGCAUCCCUGACGCUCCACAAGGAGCCUUUGUCAGUCGAGAAGGAUUUUAUACCUACUUUUACAAGGGAAAGGAUUACUGGAAGUUCGAUAACCAGAAGCUAACGGUGGAGCCAGGCUACCCCAAAUCAAUCCUCAAAGACUGGAUGGGCUGCGAUCAGUCGGAAGUAGAAAAGAACAAGGACCGUCACCUUCCUCACGAUGACGUCGACAUCAUGGUUGCCAUAAAUGAUGUGCCCAGCACUGUAAACGCAAUCGCUGUGGUCAUCCCAUGCAUCCUUUCACUGUGCAUUCUGGUCCUUGUAUAUACUAUCUUCCAGUUCAAGAAUAAAAACGUCCAGCAGCACGUGACCUACUACAAACACCCCGUGCAGGAGUGGGUAUGACGGACCAGGGGCCGCCAUGGACCCCAAACGCUUGAGAACACACGUGAGGGCUACUAUGCUGAGGUUUGACCAGUGCCUGUUUUCUGAACAACCUUGUCCCAGAACGGCAACAGGAGUCAAGGGAGUAUCCUCUUCCCUCCCAGUCCGGACAGAACUUUACAACAAAUAUUGCAAUUUUUUUAGCAUGAGCCCAACGGACAAAACUUUCUGGCCUUAUGCUAACCAGGUGAAUCUUGGCGUUUUGAGGAAUCAUCAUUGAAACCAUUACUUUCUCUUCUCCAGGAGAGAUAGAGGAACCACCGAUUGGCGAAACGCCAGAAAAUCCUCGUCUCAUUCUCAACACGAACUUGUACAUGAAUUUCGAGUAUUAUCAAAGAAACGAGCAACAAAAAAAUGACUUGAAAUCCACUUAGGUAGAAAGGCCAUAGAAAAGAAUACCAAGGAAUCCUUGCAGUCGUUUUUUCAGUUAUGAGGUAAAAGGUUUACCGCUAGCACUCUUUGAAGACACGUUUUUUAUAGGAGGCAUUUUCAAACAAAUUAGCUUCAUAACAUCAAUCUGAAUGUUUGAGUCUUUUCUUUCCUCACCUGCCUACCCAUUUCCACAGAGUAGGAAGAACGAUUUAUAAUAACUAGGGCAGUCUUAACACCUCCCUCCCACUCACUACUGUACUCUAUUCCUUUUCUUCUUUGGCUCUUUUUAUCAGUAGGCAACAAAAGAGGAUGUUUUUGAUCAGAUAGCUUUCGUGUAAGGCCUUUAUAGGAAAGUCAUCUUGAGUCAUAAGAGGUGCAAUUUGAUUCUUUGGGAUCAGGCCUAAUUUCUUGCAAUCUCGACAUUAUAUUUGGCUUUUUUUCAUCAUGUUAUCCACCAUUUCCUGUUUUGACCUUUUCACCAAGUGUAAUAUGUGAAACACUGGUGCCAGGCAGGAAUACGAACUCUGAACACAUCUGAGUAUGAGAUAGCUUUGUUGCCGUUGCCUACUACAGGAGAUGAUCUCUCUCAACGGUUCAUCCGUCCUCUUCGAAUGAACGUAAUACGCUGUGUGUCUUACGUUGAAGUGACUUCAAUUUCAUGUGUUCUGUGUGGAUUGUCUAACACUUAGCUCAGAAAUGUC